UGUGACUAGUAUAGAGUAUUGUUACUGCUGUUAUUGCUACCGCUAAAUCUGCUAACACCGAAACCUCCGUUCCGUGGAUGCUUGCAUCCGUUGGCGUGUUGUUUGCUAAAGGCGUGAUUGAUUAAAUGGUUAAGAAACGAAAAGUGUAGGUCGGAACGCCAGAGGUGCCUAAAGAUUGUCAAGAGGGGGUUGUGUCGAGUAACGGUAAGCAGGAUGAAUGCACGCUCGCAAAUUUUCGAUCUCACGAUGGAGGGUCGCCAAGUGGAUGAAGCCGUUUCAAGCAUCUUUCAUACGAUCCUGUUCCAUCGAAGCCUCGGCAAGUUUAUGUACAAAGGAGAGGCAAGAUACUCGGUAGGAACGAUUGGUUACAUGGAUGUGGAUUGUGAUUUCAUCGAUUUCACCUACGUCUGCUGUACGUCACCGAGGUUGGAUGAAACAAUCAAGCGUGAAAUCGGCGAAUUUAGUCGGCAGCUGCGUAGUAACGAAAGCUGCGGAACUGGCCAAAUCAGUUUGGAAUUUUUCCAACGAAAGAAGGCGCGCUGGUUCCUAACGGAAAGCAUCCCCUGGGAGGUAUGGACCAUUCGGUUGGAACUCAUCAAUCUCACCAACGAAGACGAUCGGCAGAUGUGUCGGGAACGGGUCGGCGAUAUGCUAUCGGAUAAAAUCGUUUACAUCAGCGAGGUAAUGAAUCGGCAUGAUUACCUGCCGAAGACGCCCAAUCAGAUGGAGCUGGACUCGGUGUUCGACACGUCCUACCCCGAUGUGCAGCCGUAUCUGUUCCAGUUCAAAUUCACCACCACCGGACCCAGUACCAACUCGGUGGGAAAAACCGUCAAGAAGCUAUUCAAGGAAACACUCUCGUUGUGACUGUUGAAGGCAGCGAUGAUUGUGAUGAUAACGACUGCGUUCGUUAGAAAGAUUAUUCGGUAUCAUGCCAGGCUUUCGGUGAGCUUUUGAAAUUUAUGUUUUUCGGUUGGAAAGAUUUUGCGAUAGGUUCGUGAAUGUUCGCAUUGAUAAGUGUUAAGCUGAUAGGUAUUAGUUCUAGUGUGUUCUAACUUUACCGUAGAGAAGUUCACUUCUCAGCCGGUGAUAGAGGCUGGGAAUCUAAUGAAUGGUAAUAAUUUGAACGUUUUUCGAUAACUUCAACCAGUAACGACGAAUAUUGGACGUUUAAGUUUAAUAUUUAGCAUGAUCUAAUACACAUUACAUAGACUAUGUCAUGCAACACCAUUUGUUUGGUUUUCGGAUGCGUUAGUUUUAAUUUGCAGCUCAGUGUCACGACGUUGGUAGGCAUCUAUUUUAUACAACAUUCACUUCGCAUCGCAUAUAUGCAUACCCAGACUACAAAUCAAAACACUUUAAACUAUAAAGUUGCAAUUUUCAGAACUAUCUGUGUACGUAUGAAGAGUCCCAACUGUAGAUAUGAAUGUAUAUUUAAAGUAAACAAGGAUAAACUGCUGCAUAGAACAGGUUUUAUGUCGGUUAAGAACGUUUUACCAGCCAAAGAAGACGGCAAAUAAGUAAAAAACUAAAACUAGAAAUAUCCGAAAGUUUCAGUAAUUUAAGUAGAGCAUAACCCUAUAGGAGAACAUUUCGAAAAAGCAACACAAAAAAUGAUGCAACUCACGCUUGAGUUAGGUUCAAUUUUCGCACCUGUCUCCUUUCGUUAGAGGCGUUCAUCCUAAGGCUAUUUUUUUCGAAAAGGUUAGCUUGUGACUUUAAUGUUAUUUACUAAGCCCCAGAGUAGGGAAUACAAAAGCUUAUUGUGAUUCAGCAGCAGAAGGGAUAGUGGUGAGCGUGAUUUAGCAAGGAUGGAGAAACAGCCCUAGUGCUCGAUGAUGUUGUAACCGAAGGAGGAGGAUGGACGAAAGAAAAGUUUCAAUUAAGCGGAAUCCAUGUUGUCUUAAUGCACUGCAAUGUAUAAUAGGUGAGAAAAGAGAAAAAAAACAGACACGACAAAAUCUGUAGAUUUUUUUUAAUCCAUUGAUAAAGUAGUAUAAUUAGUGAUUAGAAUAGUGCUGAGUUUCACUUCAAUGUAAAUGUAUUUUCUUGGGAACUAUAAAACAAACAGAAAUUAGAAAAAAAUAUAACUCAACCACUGAGUAUGAAAGAACAAU